AUGCCGAGCUCCGGACGGACGUGGCAGACUUCGGUCCCAGGGGAAAAAAGAGGGUUGGCAAGAGAUUGUGAUAAGACAGAGAGUACGGACAUACGAAAAGAGAAAACUUCGAGUCCGGUUAUCUCAGCAAGGCAUCGAUCGUCCUUGGUGCUCUGGGUCCAAUAUCUUUUACCCUUGACUGCGGAAGAGCAAACAAGCGGCGGGCAGAGGUUUGGGCGAACUCUUCAACUCAAGAACCCGCGCAGCGCACAGAGGCAUGUCAAGAACGGCGUGUCGAGAACCGAACUUCUCGUCCAAGGUACGGAUACCUCGGGCUGUAUCAGCCCUGUACCCUUAUCUCGUAUCUUGAGCCUGAUCACGAACCUGAAAAGGCAACCUGGUUAG